AUGGCUGUUUCAACGAGCCACUCUUUUGCACAGACUGUUGCAGAAUUCAGCAUCAAAGACAUCCAUUCCAUCGCAUCAGUCAAUGGACCGGAUCAUUUUUUCAAGAAACUUCACUCAUUAAAGUUGGCCUGCACAUUCACCUUGCUCAUGACAGGCACACCAUGUCCCAGCAGCAGCAUGGAUUACUCAUCCGAUGUCUUUCAAUGGUCAGAUACCGAUGACGAUAUAGAUGACGAUUACCCAGAGGGACCUUUCAUUCCACUGGUCAGAGACCCGGAUCAGCCAGCAAUAACUGUGGUAGACAAGUCCGGUGUUCACUCCCUUUCCAUAUGUUAUUGCCACUGCCCUGGUGCUCUCAGCCGAGACAUGCAGCUCUUUCAAGCCGGCUUGUUCCCGGCAUCUUUCACCAGACCGAAAACUGCAUUCACAUUCGCUGUCUUGGACGACUUUCUGUUAGACAAUCUCGAGUGCGGUACAUCGGCCAUGAAUUACUACAGCAAAAUUCGCAGACUAACAUCGAGCAUCUUUCCACUAAUGGUUCCGGAUCGCUACAGAGAGCUCAUGAGAGCCGCCAGGCAGUGGCAACAAUGCAAGCUUUACAAGUGGCAUGGAUUUGCCCACAAAGAUGACCAGCCAAAGGACGGCGAUCUCGCCCUAUUUUGCCCGGCAUGUCCGCAACCGGGUAUAAACUUGGACCUGUCUACCGGUACAGUCGCCCAGUCAGAUGAUACACCUUCCUGGCUCAUGACUAGAUAUUUGGUCAUGGAUGGAAAUUUCAAAGCGGAGCACAUGCAUCCGGUGAAUCCAUCCGACGAAGUAUCAUUGAUGGAUGGCCUGGGAUUCAUGGUCUCCGAUGAAAGAUACAAGAGGCAUUUAGCCACUGCUCGAGACCAUGUCCAAAGGUCAGAUUGCAAUAAUCACCGAGCAGUAAACCAAGCAAACGCCUCACGGCAAAGGCUGGAGGCCACCGGUAUAGGAGGAUGUGCAUGUGCACAGCAUGGAUGUUUCGUCCCACAUUCGAUGGUGGACUUUCAGAAAGGCGAAAGGCAGAUGAACAUGGACUAUGCAUUAAGUCAAGCGCUCAACUAUAAGACAGACGGAAUCUCUCGCGCCAUUACAUUCUAUGACAUAAAUUGUCAGUAUAACAAGUAUUUGAAGGACCGGAUCGCUUCAAGCAUGUAUCUUUCCAUCCCCAUCAGUAUGGAUAUCAUUCCUGGAAUAGCCAAGUUUCUGUCCAGGAAGUUGAAAGAGGCUAUCAAGGGUGCUGCGGAGAGCAAACUUGCGUUUGAUAAUCUCAACGAGACAGCCCAGCCUGACAUGGUCAUUAUAUGGAAGGAAGAGGAGGCACUCGCUCAUGCAAACAGAGCGGAGGAUCCUGCAGCUAUGGACAUCUAUGAGGUCCGGUUGGAAAGGGGCAAGUCUCCAACAAGAAAACAGCAGGAGUUGCGCCUGUUGCAGGCUCAAAAUCGCCCUGAACAUCCGGUCAUCAACCCCCCCGGUCGACGAGGAGCUGCCACUUGGCUCGCAACCGGUCUCACUAUAGAGGAAUCCCAAGUAUCUCUCUCCAGGGAUGUGAAAAGGUUACGAAUGCACCCCACAGAUAUGCAAUUGUUGAAAGUGGCACGAUGCCGGGAUAAGCUUCACACUCAGAUUACGAGCUUUCUGGAGAUGGCACCUACUUAUCUUGGAGUCGAUGUCAAUGUCAAUGACCCGGAGUUUCCGGUGAUUGUUCACAAUUCACUCAAUGAUAAUUAUGAAGAUUACUCUGAUAUCGACGAAGAUCAAAAUCCCGGUCCGGACAUUCACGAUGCUUCCAUAUUUCAACCGGAGCUCACCGUCAUACCUCUGCCAUCCAACAUUGGUGAAGUGAGGUGCAGGGAGUUAGGUCUCACCAAUCUCAUGAAAGAAGAAAUUGCCCUACGAGAAGGCCAGGCCAAUGACGCACUCCAUGCCAUUAGAGUUCAUUUAGGGGAUAAAGCUGUUAUAUUCCGCAAUACUGUCCGGUCAGCCAAGUCACAGGCUUCGUCUACUAGGGCAUGGACUCGAUUGGCGAAGCUCCCUGACCAUGACCUCUUGAAGAAAUAUCUUCCUUUGAAGAAAGAAGACCUGAAGGCCAGCUCUGCAGUGGCUGAUCCAAAUGCACGUGGUCAAAGGGAUACCACUCUUUCAUGGUUCUGGUCCUUGGAUGUUCAGGGAGACACAUCCGGAAAUGAUUGGAUGACAGAAUUUUACCGGGUUAAUUGGCUCCGGAUGAAAGCACUGCGCGACCGGUGGAACGAGGAGGUUAUUAUUGUCAAACAUGAAAUGCAGUGGUCAAUUAAUUUCUUUAAACAUCAAGCCAAGCAAUGGCUCGGUCACAUGCACAACGCAACUGCUGCAGGGCUCACCGGACAUACAUGUUAUGCUGCCCAACAAUCUCACAUAUAUGACCAACUAGUGGCACAUGCAGAGGAUUCUUUUUGCAAAAUGAUUGUUCAGCUACAAGUACCGGUACCGGUUGAGAUGGUUGGUGGUACCAUCAUUGCCGCCAAGGGCAAUCACAUCACAGCUGCAGAUAUCUCUCGUGCACUGUUUUAUGCCAAUUCCCGGAUGCUGGCCAUGCGCCUGCAUGUUGACAAGAGUUUUUCCCUGGCCAUGCCUGGUUAUGCAGAGGCUUUCUACACCCUGAUGAAAUGGGAGAUGGAGACCUUUGAUGUGCUCUCCACCAUGACCGCACACACUUUGGUGGACCGGCGACCGGAUGUUAAUGCCAUUUUGCAGGAUAUCCGUGCAUUGCGCAUUUCUGCUGAUUCAAUCAAAUCAGAUGACUAUGAUAUUGCUCAUAUGCCGGACUACUUCAAUGACUGGUGGAAGGAGCCGCUUGGUUGUUGCAGGGUUUCAGAUAUGUUGCCCAAGUCAUCUGUCCAAGAUGUUAUGGAUUUGGUUGCAUGGCACUUUUCACACCUGCCAGAUCAUGUGAGAACCAGCCUUCUCCCAUAUAUUGUACAAGGUCCGGAUAAUCUGCCUGGAGACAAUUGGUUCGUGCCACCGGACACAAAUUGGGAGGGAGUUGCUGGACAUGUUGCAGCUAAGGAUGGUGAAUCUUAG